GCAGCAGUCGCUGUUAAAGCUGAAAAAGAAGCUGACAACUGAACCGCACAAUGAAAAUUAGCACACCUUAAGUGUCGGUUUUAGCUACAGAAGAUAGGUAUCUGUUUAAUUGUAACUAACACAGGUCCGCGGCCAUCAAAAAUCUUGCCUUUGGUGUCUUGUGUAGCCGUGAGAGGUUAGAGAAAAACCCCCCAAAGAGCGAGGAUGUUGGUCCCCGCGGGAAGAUAAUGAAGAGGCUGCGCGUUUUGUUGGUGUGCCUCAUUGUAGCUCUCCUGUGCUGGUACCCCACUCAAUAUGUGUAUUGUUCAGAGCAGAGCUUGUCUGGCCCUGGUCAGUCUGCGGGGGACAAAAACCCUGAAGGACAGAAGCAGGAGCAGGAGCAGGACGCCACGCAACACAAGGUGUUGGAGGAAUGGCCGACACACACAUCAUACGAUAUGGGACUAGAGACAGAGAGAGCAGCACUGGAGAAGCUAGCAACACACAAUGUACAUCAAGAACAGACUGUGAAUCUUGGGGAAGCUGAGGUGGAGGAGACCAGGCCUGACCCAGAGUCUGAUGCUGUACCUGUUGCUCCUGAGCCACAAACCCACCCAGACCCCCAGGCUGACGUGGACCUGCAGGCCGACACCCAGGACCAUGACCAGGAUGUCCCUGUGUCCUCCACUCCAGAACCAGUUCCAGCACAGGGACAAGUGUCCACAGAUGCCGCAGCCCCAGCAGAGAUCGUCAGUGACGCACCUGCUGCACCCCCCGGCCUGGACUCCAACCCAACCACAUCCCCAGAUGAAGCUGAAAACACACCUACCUCACAGAGUGCCAGCCAGACCCACACAGGUGCGGUGCGGGUUGCCAGUGCAGGAGAUGAGCUCGAAGUAGACAACUUUGUCUUUGCUGAGCACUCUGAUUCACAGUGCGGGGUCAUUCCCCCCGAACUGGCAACCUGUGAAAACUCCCCUUUUGGCAGGCCUCUCCUCAGUGUGGACGAGGCUGGUUUAGAGGACCAGCGGUUAGACCAGAGCCACAGUUCUGGUCCUGAAGCAGAGGUCCAGUCUCCUCCAGGCCAUGUGGACCAGGAACAAAAGGAGCAGGAGCUGGAUGACAAACUGUCUGAUUUGGACCAGGAGGGCAAUGCUUCUCAACACCAUCAAGAUCAGCAGGUGGGGCAUGGCAGCAUUGCUAGGGAGACCGAUCCCUCAGUGCCCAGCAAAGAAGACAUCCCCACCUUUGAUGAGUGGAAGAAACAAGUCAUGGAGGUGGAGAAGGAGAAAAGUCAGUCUCUCCAUACCUCAACCAGCGGCAGCCCCAAGCCAGUGAAGAAGGUCCAGAAAAACUUCAAGAAUAACUACGCCUCUGUGGAGUGUGGCGCAAAGAUCCUCUCUGCCAACAGCGAGGCCAAGAGCACUUCAGCUAUUCUCAUGGAGAAUAUGGACCUUUACAUGUUAAAUCCUUGCAGCAACAAAAUCUGGUUUGUGAUUGAGCUCUGUGAGCCUAUCCAAGUCAAGCAGCUGGACAUAGCGAACUUCGAGCUCUUCUCAUCAACACCUAAAGACUUUUUAGUUUCCAUCAGUGAUAGAUAUCCAACCAACAAGUGGGUAAAGCUUGGUACUUUUCACGCCCGUGAUGAGCGCAUAGUGCAGAGCUUCCCACUGGAUGAACAGCUUUAUGCUAAAUAUGUGAAGAUGUUCAUCAAGUACAUAAAGGUUGAACUUCUCUCCCACUUUGGAUCAGAACACUUCUGUCCACUCAGUCUCAUCAGGGUGUUUGGUACCAGCAUGGUGGAGGAGUAUGAGGAGAUAGCAGAUUCCCAGUACCCGUCAGAGAGACUCGAGUAUUUGGAUGAAGACUAUGAUUAUCCACCAGGCUACCAACCAUUAGAGGACAAGGCCUCGAAAAACCUGCUCGGUUCAGCAACCAAUGCCAUUCUAAACAUGGUAAACAAUAUUGCUGCUAAUGUGCUGGGUGGCAAGCCAGAGCUGGAAGGAGGAGCAGAGACAGGAGUGCUAGGUAAUAUAACAACAGAGGGGGAUGAGAAGAAGGAGAGCACAGAAGCUACACCUAAACCAGCUGAAACGCCUCAGGACUCUGCAGUACUGGAGCCCGCAGAGCCAGAACAACCUGCAACCCAGGAGGACUCUAAGGUCUCCAGUGACUCCUCCACACCGCCUCCCUCGUUGCCCGACCCCCAUGAGGACAGACAGAUUGUCACUCUGGUGGAGGAGGAGGAGGAGGAGGAUGAAGAGCCCAGACAGUCUACUGUCACCUUAAUGGAGGAGGAGGCAGAGGAGGAGGAGGAGGAAGAGAAGAGGGAGGAGACGACGACAAGGAGGGAUGCAGAGAGGAACCAGUGGGAGAGCCAGGCUUACUGCCCUUUCUCCUCCUUCUCCUCCCUGUCUCUGUCCUGCAUGGCCACCCUGCCGGAGCUCCUCCACCGCUGGUGCUCCGCCAGGCUGGCCAAGGAGAGACUCCGCAGCCUUCGGCGGAGGCAGCUGAGCACUCAGACACAGACACACCCCGAUCCAAACACCGCUCCCCUCACAUACACCCCCCCACUCAUCCUCCCCCCUGCUCCAUCACCUGUCAAAGACGCACUUCCCGUUACAGAAAAAGCUCCAGAGCCCGAGGUGCCUGUUAAGGGCCAAAAUGAGGGGAAACUCUCGGGCGAGGUGCACACCGCACAUCCAAACACCUUUGACGCACACACUCCAGAUCUGAAUAUCCUACUAGAGCCUAGUAGGACAUCCACUCUCCCCCCUCACAGCUUCUCAGACAUUCAUAGUUCCCUCACAUCUCCUACCCCGACCCAGGAGGAGAAGCUGCUUCCUCCCAUUAAAGACGCAGCCCUCGACCCUGUCCCUACUCCUCCCCUCCAAGCUGUCUCUGUCCCGGAGACGCAGCAGGCCAGCAGUGCCUCCCCCUCGCUGACUGUCACCUCCCCCCCGCAGCCUGUCUCCUCUGAGACAGCCUCUCCUGUCGUCGUGGUUCCCCCUGUCAAGGAGCAGCCCGUUCAGCCUCUUCCCACUGCAUCGAGGCCUGAAGACCUCUUCUCCCCUCCCACUGAACUGCCAACAGCUCCCACACUCACUGACACUGACACAGUAAAGUCAGGCUCAGACAGUGGGGACACGCAGAGACACAACGUCCAGACUUCUCAGCCUCACGGGGAGCAGGGGGACACUCUCCCUCACACUGGAGACCCCCAUCGGGUUGAAGAAGCAGUGGACGAGGAUCUGUUGAGCACUAACGGAAACGGCAAUGUCCACCGGACAGCUACAGACUUCUAUGCCGAGUUGCAGAAUGGAGGAGAUUAUAACGGUGGGGCGAUGAUCGGGAACGGCAUGUUAUUGAACGGGGGAACGGUGCACGGCUCCAGCCAGAAGGAGAGCGUGUUCAUGAGGCUGAACAACAGGAUCAAAGCGCUGGAGAUGAACAUGAGUCUGUCCAGCAGAUACCUGGAGGAGCUCAGCCAGAGGUACCGUAAACAGAUGGAAGAGAUGCAGAGAGCGUUCAAUAAGACGAUCAUCAAACUGCAGAACACCUCCCGCAUUGCUGAGGAGCAGGACCAGAAGCAGACAGAUUCCAUCCAGAUCCUGCAGAGCCAGCUGGAGAACGUCACUAAACUGAUGCUCAAUCUCACCGCUACAGUCAGCCAGCUGCAGAGAGAGGUAUCUGACCGGCAGAGUUACCUGGUGGUCUCUCUGGUCCUGUGUCUGACUCUGGGGCUCCUGCUGUGUCUGCAGUGCUGCCGCAGCUCCUCUCCCGCCCCCAACGCCAACGCUGCUGCCCUCCCCAAGAGCAACCACUACCCCAGCCCCAAGAGAUGCUUCUCCUCCUAUGACGAUAUGAGCCUAAAGCGCAGGGUGACCUGUCCGCUUGUUCGCUCCAAGUCGUUCCACUUGUCCUCUACAGAAGUAGGUCCAGAUGACUUGUACAUUGUAGAACCUCUAAGGUUUUCUCCAGAGAAAAAGAAAAAACGCUGCAAAACAAAGUCGUUGGAUAAAGUUGAGAUCCUGAAGCCAGACGAUCCCUCUGCUCCGCUCACUAACGGGGCUCUAAACUGCAACGGCUUCCUCCCAUGCCUCCCUGCACCUCAUCCACCUCCACCACCACCCCCUCCUCCUCCUCCUCCACCUCCUCCUCCUCUUCCUCCUUCCCUCCCACCACCACCUCCUCCCCCUUGCUCUGCAGAGGAGGUGCCAGCGCUGCCCACUUGCACCUCCAAAGAGUUCCCCUCAGAGACCAGCAGCUGCAGCUCGUCCACCCACUCCGAGGAGUCCUACACAAGCCGCCUCCCCCCUCCCUCGCCCGUCUUCCCCUCCACAGGCCUGUGCAACGGACACAGCCUGCCCUUCUCCCUCCAGCAGCCUCCCACCAAGUCCCGGCAGGAGAAGCGCUCGAUGAAGCGGCGGAAGUCGCGGCAGACGGAGCUGCAGUUCCCCGCCAUGCGGGGGGGCAGCGUGGGGUCUCUGCCCAGCCUGCAGCAGCUCAUGAAGGGAAACAAAGAGAUCAGCGUCGGGACCAUCGGGGUGACCGCCGUCACCGGACACGUCUGAACACUCACACUUUUACACAACUUUCUACUCAUACACACUAUAUGGUAGCAGACUUGUGAGGAGAUGAAGGUCUUACUGCAUCCCAAAGAACCACAUUUCCCAUGAGCACCCAGGCACACCGUGGAACUAAAGUGGCUGUGGCAGCAGUAGCUCAACAUCAUCCAGUCCUCAUCCACUCCUGUCAAAGAGCUGUUUACGGUUACGUGCCUUUAUAUCUGUUCUAGACCUUUUAAAUGCUAAAAAAAAAAAAAAAAAAAGAAAUUUAAAGAAAUGUUGAUGUGGACAAAGAGACACUGCAGUGGGGAUGACACAUUAAUACAAGUCAAAUCCAUUGGAGUGUGUUCAAAAAUGUUUUUUUCUACUGGAUAAAGCACAUUGUCCUCUGACAGUUGAGCACCAGUAAGUUUUUAUCCCCCGUCUGAGCACAGUGAGGCCUCGACUCUACGUUCCUUCACCUACAGGGGGCAUCAAGAAGUAUUAAGCUGCUCUUCUGAAUGAAAUGUGUCGUCGUGAGAGAGCAUGACAAACUACUUCUCGUAUCCUUUAUUUCUUCCUUUUUGUUUAUUCAUUGCCAUCAUUUCAUCCAUUCUGUCUUUAUAUCGCAUCCUAACACGACUGCAGCUGUUUGUUAUGGGACCAUGGUGUUCAACUUAAAUUGUACACCAGACUUUCUGUUUCUCCUCCUCUGUCUCUGUCAGUCUGAUCCAAACCAACCAUCAGAGCUGAAUGAAGAACAUUAUUUUACAUGUUUGUCCUCUCAGUUUAGUGCCCUGUUUAACCUCGUUCUACAAAUACAAUCGCAGCUGUCUGUAGAUCCUACAAGCUCACAAGGAAUUACUUUAUGAACUCUAAGUUAGUUUGGGCUGGGCCCAAAGAGCACGCUCAUACACACCAAAAUAAAGAGAAAUUGCACUGCUGCAGGACAUAUUGUGACUGUGAGGAAACAAGCUGAGGCAAGCCAGGGGUUUUAUUCUCUUUACUGUUAGGUUUUAUUAUUUUUUCUUUCCUCUAACUGAGCCAUGCUCCUCUCUUCUCAUCAUUGAUGGUGUGGUUUGUUUGAAUUCCCACAACCAGUAUGGGGGCAUAAGUUUCCUGUUCAGGGCACAAUGUACUGUCGGAGCACAUUGGGUUGCAGAGCUGAAUGUUUACACUUACGUCACACACACACACACACACACACACACACACACACACACACCGCACUUACACACCCUACUGGGUCCCUGCAGCCGAGCCUGAUGGACCAGUUUUAUUUAUCUAUCUAUUUAUUUAUUUAAAUGACAACAGAUUUAUCCUUCACUUGCUUGCCAGUCUCCCAAUCCUUCAGUGUCAAAGUAGUUUAUCCAUGCGAGUAUGUUACGUAGAAAUAUUUCAGUGAAAUGCACUUAUCCACAAUGACGCAUGGCUCUACCACAGACUUAUUUUCUUUCUUUCUUUUUUUUUUUUUUUUAAACAUAGCAGCCCACUUAUUGUGUUUGCCUCAGCCUGAUAAAUCAGACAAGUAUGAUAGCAGCCACAUGUCCUGCAGCAGCUCAUAUAUCCAAGAUAAUUGAGUAUCGAGUUAGAGAACGACAUGCUUGUUAGGAUCGUCACCCUGCUGCUUUUGUGUAUGUUCCAAGCUGCUGAGUUAUUGUAGAAAGAGGCUAAACUUCUUAUCGUCCUGUCGUCUGUUUGCUCGUUUCAGCAUCUUUGUCGAAUCGCUCUUUUAACUCGCCCUGUUCAUGAUUGCAUGACUGCCCUACGUUGACAUUUAGUUUUAACAGCGUAGGGAGAUUCAGAUGUGUGAAGGGGUUUUCAUUUUUGUUUGUUUUUAAAUAAUAAAAUGUAUAUUUUUCUUGAUGUAUGCAGUUUCUGAUUGGCUCUGUGGUGGUUGGACUUGUGUACAUUUUGACAGAGACAGAAUUUUCUCCUCCCAAACAGAGCGUCCUUACCGCUCCUGACCAGCUCCUCUUUUUCUUAACAUAUCUUUUCUCCACCAAGGUCUCCUCUGACCCCUCCCCCAUUGCACGACUUUCUGUGACUGUGAAGAAAAGUUUUAAUAUGCCUGCUUUAACUAACCACUUAGGAGCUUGAAACGCUUUAUCAGUCUACCCGCCUGCUUUCAUGCCGACCCUUCUGUGCAUCCUCACUCUCAUUGUACACUCGUCUUUUUAUUCGCUUGUCAUUGCUAUUGGACUUCAUGUGUUCACCCCACCUUGAAUGAAACUUGUGGUUUGUGAAAAGGAGGUUAUGAAUUGUUGAAUAAAGGGAACGCAGCAAAGAUGGGUUAAUUUGGAACACUAUUAAUGUGAUUCUGUGUUCCACAACCUGAGCAAAUCAUGAGUUUUUUUUACCCUUUUUGAAUGUGUAUGUUUGUUUGUGAGUGUGUAAACCUGUAUGCAUGUGAGAAUUUAUUUGUUGUUGAUCUCACGUAUGUGUGUGUGUCUAUUAUGAGAGACUACUUUGAAUCUACUUAUCCCGUAACACAGCGAGUAGGGAGAAUGCCCUCGGAGAGAAAUUCUAGGAGCUCAGUGUGCACUUUGUAUGACUCCUCAUGCCUUUUUGUUUUUCUACCUUACAUGUCAAGUGCUAUCUUUUCUUUUUCUCUCUCUCUAUCCCUCUUUCUCUCUGUGAUUACUCUGAAGAGCUGCACAGUAUUUGAGCAGGAGUGAGUUACUACAAAACUUGUAGUGCCAUUAGAAACUGUGAAUUUCUAAAUAAAAACUUUUUUUUGUUGUC